AACGUCAAUGUCACUAAUGUCAACCAGUGUGUAAAAACAAUAAAAAUAACAUGAACAAAGAAACAACUUCUGAAUUAUUACAAAGAAUGGUUGCGGAGAGAGCGAAUGGCACCUUGGAGGAGCCGCUUUCUGCCUUGAUUAGCGAAAGUGAGUCGCGUGACGUGCACGAGAUUUUUAAAAAUCUGGACUUGCAGUCCAUUGAAGAAGAUAUUUUAAAAAGCAAGAAGCCCGUAGAAGUCUCGGAAUCGUGGUUGAUUAAUUUAAAUCAUUGCGACUACGCCACGAUAGUCGAAGGCUUAAAUAGCAACUCCACUGUAAUUAAAAUAAAAACGUUGGAGAAACUAUUGAGCUCACAAAUUAUAGACACCAAACAAAACCUAUGGGAGGAGCUAGCGCAGAGUUUGCGCAAAUGUUUCGUAAGCACGAGUAAUGACGUUUUUGUCAGAAGUUUGAAAAUUCACCAUAGACUUAUAGCUUUUCCUGGCACGAUCUGCGACGGGUAUUUAAACCUCCUCAAAAGCACUUCACUUCUCCUAAAUAGCCGCUAUUUCAACGAUUUACAUAAAAAUCGUAUUUGUCAAAGCUUGCAGCUAGUAUUGGCAACCCAAACUUCCGUUUUGAAGUUUCUUUUGCAUGCUAAUCGAACUCUAAUUAACGACACAGUCACCGCUUUUACCGCCAUUGUCGCUUUCAAGUCAAUUUUCGAACUUAUCGGGACUCUAGACCCCAAACACCACUGGCUAAAAAAUUUGUGUUAUGGUUCCUACAUCAGAAACUGCUUUUUCAACACACUAAAAGAGCAAAACUCCGACUUUAUCAAACACAUUAUCACAACUUUCACAAAAAAACUAAACACUAGUGAAGAUGUGUUAAGCUACGCCUAUUUUUUACUAUACUUUUGGCAAUACAAAAACAACGUCGAUUUUCUCGGUUCGGAAAUAAGCACAGAAAGCACCCUUGAAGCAACCCUCACCAAAUUCAACCAGCGCAAAAAACUAGAACUAACCGACUUAAUCACCGAUUUGUUUUCCCACAACCCCUAUCUACUAACCCCCAAACUUCUAGACGUCUUAGUCGAACCCUUAUCCGUCAUCAGUCGCAGCAACAUGAGAAACUCCAUCGAAACCCACAAAUACAUCAUCAGCAUAGUCACCCUCAUUGCUAAUUCUCCAAACUUCAAAAUCUUAUUCGGUGUUUGCGGCAGUCUAAGAAAAGGUAGAUCGCGCCAAAUCACCCGAAAUUACACAAAUUUACCCCAAAAAAUAAUCGACAUUAGUGUAACUCUACUCAAAAUGAACCCCCUAAACACCGAAACCGUCAUCCUACUGCUGGAAUGUUGCGCCAGCAUUUACAAAAGCCACCCCGUGUCUUUCAUCCAGGUGAACCCCACGAAGUUUCUGCAACACCUGCACGAGUUUUACCGACUCAACUGGAAGAACGACGUCAUGAUAAAAGGCGCGCUUUUGUCCAUUUUUGAAUUUUUGUACGCUUGGUAUGGACCGACGGUCCGAAUUUUGGGUUGUGAUAACGAAAUCCUCGUGGAUUUGUUAACUUUUAGUAUGAGUGGCGACUUUAAGCUCGUUUUGUGUGGGGUCGGGGGCGAUAAGAACGGGUUCGAGUUUGUUAAGGCUCACCGCAACCGCAUCGUCAGAACUUACCUGGAGAAAAUUCGAUCUGAAGACAUGGACGAUUCCGAGUUAACUAAAUUUAUUUUUUUCUUGUUUGUGGUCAAAAUGAGCACGAGGUGCGUGGUUGCGUUGUUGUCGGACGACGACGACGACGCUACUGUGGUGGAAAGUGACGAUCAAAGUGUUAAUUUGGUGGAGUUGGUGGAGAAAAGUUUGAACGAUUGUGACGAGGCGGAUGAAGAGUUUCUUGGACUAAUGGCGAUGAAAGUGCUUAUUGUUAAUUUGGAUUUGUUGCUCUACUUGCAGGCUAAUCAUCAGAUGCAAGAAAAACUGGCGGCUGUGAGGGAGGGGGAGGAGAUUGUCGAUGCGCAGAGUAGCUUGAGGAAUCAUAUUUUGGUGUCUUUGGAAUUUGUCGGAUUUGUGCGGGAAGAAAUCACUGAAAUUACGCUUCAAGAGUUGCCACAAAUCUUCGAAUUUCUUCACUUUAAAGAAAACAAUGAACUAAGAUUGUUUCUGGAUGGUGGAGGGAGCAGUGGCGAAGUUAACUGGUUGUCACAAGCAAGACGUUGCUUUAGAAACUCGAUGCACGCCUUUGACCCUUCUCUUUUUCCCACUUUACUUGAACAAAUCCCCAAAACGUACGUCUACCGAAAAAUCGAACUGCACUGGCCCCCACCAGACUGUGUAUAUUAUCAACUACACCCAGAAGAUUUUUCAGGGAUUUCUCUAAUUAUCGGUUUUGGCCAAAAAGCCGGUUUACUAAAAAUAGGGGAAGAUGACACCCACAUGGAAACCUUAACUCUUUUAAUAAAACAGUCGAGAGCCUUCAUUAACCACAAACCCGAGCAUUUUUUCGGUUUUGACUGGUUUGUGGCAAUCAUUUUCUUAAUUACUGGGGGAAAUUUCGACCAGUGUAAGUCAGUUUUGGUCAAUGUUACCAACACACAAGUGACGUCAUUCAUAUGGGACACUUUUGGGAGAGAAUUUGAUGACGUGCUACAGGAGAACUUCUAUCAACACUUGGCUGCGGUGUUGGAAGAAAACUGUUCGUGUUUCCAGGCACUGAAAAUGUUAGGCGUUUCCCCAGACGUCGUAGUCCAGUCGUGGUUAAAACAGACUUUUUUCAACUAUCUCAGGUUUGAAGAGAUUUGUAAUUUCUUAAUCUUCUCGGUUUUGUAUCCGGUUGAGUGUCUCAUUUACUACAUGGUGGCCAUUUUUGAACACCUAAGUGACCGAAUUUGUACACUAACCCACAGCAUGGACGUAGAAAAUAUAUUUAAAAUGACUGACUUAAGUGACUUUAGAUUAGAUGACUACAUGACUUUGAUCGACGGUCUGAUGAAAAGGUAUCGGAAUUCACACAAACUUUAAUAAAAUUGAUUUUUAGUAGAACAAGUUGAUGUCGUUUCU